AUGACUUCUACUUUUGCUUGUAGGACUUUACGUUAUUCUUUCUCAACUGUUGUUUUUAAUGGAAAUAAAUCUGCAAAAAAAAUUCUAAGCUCUUUAAGGAAGGAGAUUGAAUGGUUUUAAAAAUAAAGCGAUUUAUCAAGAAAGCCAGGACUAGGAAUUAUUCUAGUUGGUAAUAACCCUGCAUCACUUUCUUACAUUAAAAAGAAACUUUAGGCUUGUGAAGCAAUAGGAAUCAGGCACGAAUUAUACCAUUUCUCAGAGGACAUUUAAGAGUACGAUGUUUUAAGUGCCAUCGACAAUCUGAAUCGUAAAGAUGAUAUUGAUGCUAUUAUGGCAUAACUACCACUUCCAUCUCAUAUAGAUAAAAAUAAUGUUAUUAACAUGAUAUCAUCAGAGAAAGAUGCUGAUGGCUUGAAGUUGAAUUCAAAUAACCUUGAUCCAAAGGCAAAUAUUCUCCCAUGCACUCCUGCUGCCUGUCUUAAAAUAUUAGAAGAGCAUCAAAUCUGCCUUAAGGAUAAGCAUGUAGUAUUAAUAGGUAGAGGAAGGCUAGUAGGGUAGCCUCUCGAAUAACUAUUAAGUAAAUUAUCUCCUGCAUAGAUUACAACUUGUGUAAAAGAAACUGGGGAUAUCAAACAACAUAUUUUAAAGGCUGACGUCAUUAUUGCUGCUGCAGGAGAAAGAUAGCUCAUAAAAGGUAAAUGGAUUAAAAAAGGAGCUAUUGUACUUGAUGUAGGAGUUAAUAAAGGCAUUCCAGGAAUUGAUCCCACUAAAGUAGUUGGCGAUGUAGAAUUUGAAGAAGCAAAAAAAAGAGCAAGCUUAAUAACUCCUGUUCCUGGUGGCAUUGGCCCAAUGACAGUCUCAAUGCUUAUGUACAAUACAGUUUAGAUAUGGAAGUAAAGAAGAAUGUAAGAAUUGUUAGAGUUAAAUGGGUAAUUAUAGACAUCCAACUUUGAACAUGAUAGUUUUGGUAUAACAGUUAGCAAUAGCUUUCCUCCUGAAAGCUCAAUAUAUAAUUAUUUAUACAUUUGA